GGAAGAGAAGGAACGGAGAUAAUUUUUAUAACAAAAAUGCCAUAUAAACUUGUGAAGAUCAGGCAUUCCGAUCGAAAAAGGCGGGAACCAAACUUUUACAUAGAAGAAAGAAACCAUCGUCGACAAAAAAUUUCUCCACGUGUGAAAUAUAUUCUGGACACCGACAACUAUUUUGAAACACGGCCGACGCAAAGAAAGUCGAAUUAUGUUUAUGAAAUUGACGACGAUGUCGGAUAUGUCGCUAGUACUAAAAGAAGUCGGAAUAAAAAAAGACGACCUGAAAAAGUAGUCUACCAUUUUGAUGAUAUUGGUCUCGACAAUUACGUGAAGUCAAAUGCAUAUUACGAUGAUAAUUAUGACAACGAUGUUGGAUAUAUAGCUGCUACUAGAAGAAGUCGAAGUAAAGAGAGACGACCUGGAAAAGAAGUAUACUAUAUUGAUGAUUUUGAUGUCGACAAUUACGGGAAAUCAAAUGCAUAUUACGAUGAUAAUUACGAAUCAUACAAACAUUACCCCGAAACACCCAUGUACGUAACAACAGAUAGAGGAUCUAAUCUUAUGCGGUCAUCACACGACAUCAAAUUCGACUCCGCGGAAAAGUCAGGCACGACCAAAACAACCAAGGGCUGGAAUUUGCCAGCAAUUCCCGGUACCAGCAAAACAACAGAGCAUUUUUCCGCUGGGGAGACAUCGGAUAAAACCGUCGUUAAAAUAUACAAUGCCGACACAUUUCCGUCAGAUUCAAAUAUGACGGUGAUUAGCCAAUAUCCAACGCCGCGUCAAAAUAAAAAAUCAGACAGAAAUAAAACAGAAGAAAUCUAUUCAGAAAUACAGCCGUCAUACUCCAGUGAGCAUACAAGCAUUUAUUCUCAGAUUUACCAAAAGGAUCGCAAAAUGUCCACCACUCAAAAGUCUGGACACUCAUUUUCUUAUACCAAAGAACAAAUUGACAAAACAUAUGAACCACUGGAAAAUAAAACUGUUACCGCUCCUCAAACCUAUACACAGAACACUGGAACCAAUUUUGGUAAAAACAGUGUGGAUAUUGAAAACAUCUCUCAAAGCAAUAAAAGCGCGACUUCCAGUUUUAUUUCUUCGGAUGGAGAAGCACCAAAUAACACGCGUAUAAAAGGUCCAAUAAAAGAUGCUGUUGCACUUCCGGUUGCUUUCACAGAGGAGGUCGACGAGACAGCAGAGACCAUAUCAUCUUCACCAGCAACAGCAACAACACCAGCAACAGAAACAACAGCAUCAAAAACAACAACAACAACGACAACAGGAAAAGGAAAAAAGAGAGUAUCAAUUAAACCUCCACACAUGGACGAUGAACAACCAAGCAAUCCCAAAGAAGAAGAUUAUGCCGCCAUGUUGGAUGAAUUAUUAAAAGAAAAUAGCGAAGACAUACCUGAAAAAGUGAAACCUAGGGAACGAAAGAGAGCAAACACAUUUUCUGAUGUUGUUAAUGAGGUUAUCGAGCCAACUGUUGUGCAAACCAACAUUCAGAAGGAUGAAACAGAUCACUGGGAGGAACAGGAUACAGGUUUAAUCGCGUAUUUAAAAAAUCGACGACCAACUUUACAUGAUUGGUUAGCAGACGCGAAGAAUGUCCGACGUCGCCAAUCUGGUAAUCCGGCACAUUUGAGUGACGCCGAACAAGCCGAACAAGAAAGCGCGUGGAAUAAGCUCCGCGACAUUGUGAUGAAAAAGAAGAAAGAUGAUGACGAAAAUAAAGUUGGUCGUGUCGUCACAGCUGCAGUAAAACAAAAUGGUAGUAAUCCAGAUAUACCGUCUGCAGCAAAAAGUGGUGAAGUUGGUACAAAAGCCAAGAUAACAGCAGAAGACAUAGACAAUCUUGAAUUAUCUAAAGAAGACAUAGCAGCAAUUGAGAAUUGUCCUAUCUGGUUGGCUUGGUUGGGUGAAUGGAUUGACGAAGAAGCUAAAAACUGUGAUUGGGGAAGAUGGUUAUCUGGCAAGAGAAGAGAAACAGAUUUAGAAAUAAAAGAACGAAUCAUGCUACGAACACUGUACCCUACACCGACAUAUCAAGAUGGACUUAUUGGGUUUCAUGAAGAAGUAUGUUUGGACAAAAUGGUACAAGUAGAAAAUAGUCAACCAUGUUUUGUGGCGCGAAAUUUUGAAGAUCUACAUCACCGACCAACUGAUCUUGAGAUAACAGAGUCAAGGGUUGAUAAAAAUAAACCAGCCCCAAAAUCUGGCGGUUAUGUUAAGAUUUAUUGUAAUGAACAUAAAAAAUAUGAAAAUGAAGGUCACGAGUAAGAUUGAAAAAAAAAAAACAGAUGAAGAAUAUACUUCACUUGAUCUUGUCGCCGACAUUUACUUGCAACGCGACGUUAAAAUGUUGGCGUCACGUGUUUGUCCACUUUCAUUUAAAUGUAAACUUAUGUAAUUAUAAUUUAGGAGCUUCAUGUAGUUAGUUUGUUGAUAAAUGUUAUGGUAAAUAUACAGGACUUUUUGUGCGCCUAUAAAUCAGAAGGAUUUUCCCUUUCCCCAUAACUUCUGAUAAGCUUUUAAAUGAAAUCUAAAAUAGUAGCUACAGUUAAUAUGUAACGAAAAGAACAAAAUGGUUGUAAUGCUUUUUGCGUGGCGUCAUCAGAAACUGAUUAAAAUUUGACAGAAAUACA